UGCAAAAAUAUAGUGUCAUGAUGGCGACUCCAUGGAACAUCACUUUCCGACUGUGGGAAUUUUUGAAAAGUGAAAAGGUAUAUAACAUGAAAGAAGAGAUGGAGCCCUUCAAACAGGCGUUCUGCUACUUUGCCCCAGUACUAUUUUCUGCUCGCCACAAGUCCUAUCAAUUUGACUUAGAAAAUAUGGGUGUCAGGAUUUUGCUAAUGGGUUAUAUCCUCGCGCUGCUUUCUGGGCACCUGUGUGGACGCACCAUUCGCGGGAAACUAAUCAAGAGGCCAAAUUGUCUCAAACGAGCUGUCUCUCCCGAACUUAUCACGGAAUUACUUCACAAAACAGAAACUCUCACAAACUCUUUACCUAGGUAUCCUCAAAAAAUAUAUAAGAGACUUCUUCCCAAAAGCCUCGCUAAGAAGCCACUUGGCAUCUGGGAAAUCAACAAGAUACUGGAUGUCUAUGACAAUGUGUUCAACCAUAAAUCUUUGAAGAAUCUGUACCCCACACAUUAUGAGGAUCUUCUGGCCAGACUAAAACAUGAUGUCGAAUGUUGUCUCGUGGAGUGCCCAAGCGACCCAAAAAGGGCCCACGACCCCAUCAGGAAGCUUGAGAAGACAUUCCAGAAGAUGAACACCAACAAUACGUACAAGGCUGUUGGAGAGUUCAAGACAGUCCUCCGGUGGAUUAAUCACGCCAGUCAGGACACCGAAAUCUCUGAGGGAACAUGCCAGUAGCCCUCCCCCUGUUGGCUGUGGAGUGACAUUGCACCCACAAGCGGUUCUCCGCAUCUAGUAUUUCAAACAAAGAGGUACCCGUCCACAGCAUCCGUUCAACCUGUAGGGAAAGUUCGCGCCCUGGCACGGUGUUCCCGCGCUACGCCAGCGAUUCAUCGUCACUGAGAGAUGUCUGCCCACAGACGGGCCAUCAUUGUUCGGUUAUUUCACGGAACACACAUCAACCGGGAUGUAAUCUACUGAUUUCACCCCCUGCUGCCACCUUCCUUCCCCCAACCCAGGACCAGCCACACCAGCCACCCGCCCACCUUUUAAUCCCUCCACCCGCCAUUAGAGGGAGAAGUUGACUUAAAACUCACAGUGCACCAUCCAGUCUCGUUGUUCUGGGCAUCAAGUCAUUACUCACUACCGCCUGCCGGUCACCACCGACCGGAGUAGCAACCCCUCCGACAACCACACAAUCCUCCAAGGGCCUGACACGGCGGAACUGACAACAUUGGCCAGAUUGGUCAUCUAUGGCCAAUGCAGGCGCACAGAAAUGCGAAUGAACGUUCGGGUGCAUUUUUCUAAGGGCUACACCGUAGCUGUGAGACAUCAGGUCGGCCCCGUCCGACACUGGAGGCAAAUGGACCGCGUCCGCUUCCUGCUGGCUUGGAGGCAGGGCUGGCAGGCAAUUCCCAUGAAACCCCGGCUCUAUCGGACUGAUGCUCCUGAAGGUCAGUUACCUUUGGGCCCUGUACUUCUACCUGUCCAGUGUACAUGUGACACCUGUACACACGUCUUAGGCCAGAUUUCAAAGAGACCCGCAACAUGGCCAUGUUUCUUUUACUAGGUUUCUUGUCUUUGCAUAUUACAACUCUGGCCUAAAAGGUGUGCUCGUUGGAUGUGUGUGAAGUCCUCUAUUCCAAAGCCGUGUUUA